AUGGCCACAUCCGUGAAGCGUACAGCUUCUGAGGCGAAGAGCCAGGCCAAUGGACACUCACGUCGCCUGUCCGGCGCGGUUCACUCGAUCGAGAAGAGAAUCGAAGAACAGGUGGACUUAGCUGCGCGAGACCCAGUUGAAGAGAAGAAGGGGGGCUACUUGCUGUUGGUCAUCUGCGUUGGUGGAAUCUAUGCCAGCUUUCUGAGCUGGGCAUACCUCCAGGAACGUCUGACAACCACUUCUCACGGUCCCUCGAACGCGCGCUUCACAUACCCCGUCUUCCUCAACACCGUUCAAUCCGCCUUCGCCGCCAUAACAGGCCUCGUCUACCUUUUCUUCUCCGCUCCAUACAACAAGACCACAGGCGCACGCCGCGUCCCGCCCGUCUUCCCCACAAAGCAGAUCCUGUUUCCACUGCUCCUUGUCGCAAUCACUUCGUCCCUCGCAUCGCCGUUCGGAUACGCCAGCCUCAAACAUAUUGACUAUGUGACAUUCACUCUGGCUAAGAGCUGCAAGCUGCUCCCAGUCAUGGCCCUGCACAUCACGCUCUUCCAAAAGAGAUACCCACUUUACAAAUACGCAGUCAUCGUUUGCGUCACCCUUGGCGUAUCGAUGUUCACACUAUACAACCCCUCCACAGCUAAGAAAGCAGCAAAGAAGAGCGUCAGCGCAGAUGCCUCCAAGACCCUUGGUCUUUUCCUCCUUGGCGUCAAUCUCCUGUUUGACGGCUUGACGAACACCGUCCAAGACAACAUAUUCACCAAAUUCAGGGGCUUCAGCGGACCCCAGAUGAUGUGCGCUAUGAACAUUAUGUCUACCGCGCUCACAGUCAGCUACCUCCUCGUCUCACCUUACAUUGCCGGCACAUCCCUCGGUUCCUACAUCGGGCUUUCGCCCACGGGCAACGGCGAGCUCAGCGAUGCGCUGGCCUUCAUAACCGCAUACCCGUCUGUGGGCUGGGAUGUCCUCGGGUUUGCGGCAUGCGGUGCGAUUGGACAGAUCUUCAUCUACACCACGCUGGCACACUUCAGCUCGCUUCUUCUUGUGACGGUAACAGUCACCAGGAAGAUGCUGACGAUGCUGACGAGUGUGUUUUUGUUCGGACAUACGGUGACGGGGAUGCAGUGGGUCGGUGUUGGGCUGGUGUUUGGUGGUAUUGGUGCGGAGGCUGCGUAUGGGCAGAUUGAGAAGAAGAGAAAGGCACAGGCGAAGCUGUUGGCGGAGGGGAAGAAGCAGUAA